UGUGCUAUGGUAGUCAGCAGCAUUAUGGCCGCUUGUUGUUGUGGCCGUGUUAUUGUCUUAGGGUCAGUGAUAUGAUUGUGUCGAUUUCGGUCGUAUUCGAAUCCGUAGUCCUCACAACAUACAAAAUUUUUGUUUGCUAGGAAUUUAAUACCGCAUCAAGUGUAAUGGGUGCUAAAGCCAGUACGGCAAACGGUGGAGGAUCAAGUCCGCGAACUAGAACAUUUUCUACGAGUAGCAGUUCCGAUGUUGUUGCUGCUGGGAGUACGGGAUUUAGCCUUCUAAGAGCAAUUCCAGGUGCUGUGUCGAGUGAUAGACAAAGAGCAAGAUCCUUGUCAAGUGUUCCUGACAGUCAUUCAAGUCACGAAGCAAUUGGAAUACCGAAUGCAAGCGUCGGCGCUUAUGACAUAUCUGAAUCCCCUGAAACUGACAGCAGUUCUCCCGAGGAUCAUGUGCUGGUUGGUCCCUUGGCUGCCAACAUUAGUCUUGGUCGAGUUUACGCUGCUCAUUCGUUGCCGUCGAAUAUCUGGCCCUUAAACGGUCAGCGUGGUGCCGCUCGUCUUCUGUGGGGUCGUCGUCUGGGAGGAGCCUGUUCAGAAGGAAUAAAAUGUCCUGUGUGUGCAAAGUUCGUCCUUCCGGAUGACAUAGAAUGUCACCUGGUGAUGUGCCUCACGAAGCCGCGGCUCAGUUACAACGAAGAUGUUCUGGCAGAUGACAAAGGAGAAUGUGUCAUAUGCCUGGAGGAUCUACAGCAAGGAGAUAUCAUUGCUAGACUGCCUUGUCUCUGUAUAUAUCACAAAAGCUGCAUUGACAGGUGGUUUGAAGUGAACCGUUCGUGUCCAGAACACCCUGGUGAUUAGCCUCUGUCAGCCGCCUCUUCCCGAACUGUUGAGGUAUUACCUCAUGGUGAAGUGAUUGUUUUAAAACUGUUACAUACAUUCAAAUAGGAAUUACAGUUUUCACACCGUAACAAAUGCAGUAACAUUGGGAGGAUAGUUAGGCAGUUUGAAAAAUAUAGUUGUUGAGUUUGUGAUCUGGAUUCACAUUUUUAGAAUCCUGCCCUCUGUAUCUGUUUUAAUUAUCUACCCAAAUAAGAACAACAGAGAGAGAGAGAGAGAGAGAGAGAGAGAGAGAGAUAUGGUUUUGUGAGGGGGAUGGAUGACUCAUAUUGUGAUGUGUUGAAAGAUUUUUUUAGGGAAAGAGAAGCUACUGUGCUUUGCCAGCAUUCUUGUCAGUCACUAACAACAGUUAAGAGAGGUUGUUUGAAACCUCAUUGAAAUAGAAUGGGAAAGGGCAAGAAUUUAAUUACGUGUUCUGUUCAUGGAUAUUGCUUCAUAUUUUAUAUAUAUAUUUCUCAUACAGAACACAUUGCUUGCUUUGCCUUUUUUGGUAUAACAUACAGUUUUAAGGCAUUGUACCGUAUUUACUGUGACAUAUUAGACAUAUGUUUGAGUAUUUGAUUAACAUAACUGUAUUUACAUGCUGAAACAAAAGCCGAAUGUUUAGUCCUUCGAGUUCUUGUGUUUAACAUCACUCACUGCAAUGACCACUUGUCUUUGCUGUAAGAGCGUAUAAUACUUGUAAUAUGUUUUGAAGUAUAAUUGAAAAGACUUAGACUAAGGAUUACGGGCACAUACAAGUAACUGUGUUAGAAGCAGGGAACUCCCUAAAAGUCUGGUAGGCUUUAAUAUUUUUGAUACUUUCAUAAAAAAACUAUAUAGAGCAAACAUGCUACUCAGGAGUAUUUUUGAGUGACAGCUUAAGUAAUUUAUUGUUGUGAAUGGAAAUAAGUGAAACCAAAGAUGUUGAUUAAACAGUGCUAAAGUUUAAAACUGUUUGCAUCCAAAAUUUUUAUUGCUUAGAAACUUUUUAAAAAGAUAUUAGAUUUGUAAAUCCUUACUUUUUAUUAAUGAGUGUGGAAAUUGUAUUCGUAAGCAGUUUCUAACAGUUGGUUUAACCCUAUAAACACACACUGUUUUGAUGAUGCUUAAGUCAAAUUGUACUGUUGCUAGAAAGUUUUAUCAGUUUGCUGCAAGCUUACAGUGGGAGUGACUAUAAGAGUACCUUAUAACAUGUUGUGCCAUUUCUUUCAAUUUUGUUCCUAUCGUAUAUAAUUAUUGAAAUCAGCUACAGUGUAACAAAAAUCCUGAAAUUAUCUUAGCAGUUUAAUUUUUAUGUGAAAAUUAUAUGAUUGUUGCUAGCUUAUAAGUGCUAUUUGCUUUUACGAUUUAAGUUCUAAAACAAUGUUGAAUAUGUGUGCUAUGGGAAAUUGUUUUAUGCUUUUUAUGACAUUGUGAUAGUAAGAUAAAGAUGCAUUGUGGAACAAACUCCAGUAAAACAUGACAACAUUGUGAUUAAUUCUUACAGCUGAAACACUGAAGUGGUUUAAGAAUGAUUUAUUUAAAAAAAGUGAAUCUGAAGAGAGACAGCAGUCUGUGCUUUUCACAUACUAUGUGAAGAGUGAGAAGAGGUGGUAAUAAAAUCUAACUGUGAUUCCAUUAUAAAGGCUUGAUUUUACCAGGCUGCACUGUGCUGCCACUAUUUCGGAAAGAUGCCUUGGUGCUACACUUGAAGGUGUAAAACUCAAAUUUGUGUGGAAAUAUAUUCCUUGUGAUGCAGUAAUUAGACAUGUAAAUAACCAAUAUUAUGAUGAUGAAACUUCUGUAUUGUUAUUUUAGCCAAAAUCAAUUAUAAUAUACAACAACA